AUGUUUUAUUCAAAUCAUGAUGAUCCAUGUAUUGACCGUCAUAAUCGUUAUCAACGAUGUAUACCCGAUUUUGUAAAUGCAGCUUUUCAUAAAUCAAUCUAUGCAUCAUCAACAUGUGGUAAUCCUGCAAAAGAAUUUUGUUCAAAGAAAAAUGUGUGUCAUUUAUGUGAUAUAUCACAAAUAAGAACAAGUUAUCCAACUGAUUAUUUAACCGAUAUUAAUAAUCCAAAUAAUUUAACAUGUUGGCAAUCAGAUAUAAUUAAAUCUGGAGAAAACGUUUCAUUAAUAUUAUCAUUAAAUAAAAAAUUCGAAUUAACUUAUAUUAGUUUACAAUUUUGUUUAGAUAAUAAACCAGAAUCUAUGGCUAUUUUUAAGAGUAUGGAUAUGGGUUCAUCUUGGAUACCAUUACAGUAUUAUUCAAAUAAUUGUGAAGAAAUUUUUAAUAAAACUUCAUAUGGAAUAAUAACACGUGCAAAUGAACAAGAAGCUUUAUGUAUUGAUACAAAAUCACAAUUAUCAUCAUCAUCAAUCAGUGAAUCACGUAUUGCAUUUAGUACACUUGAAGGUCGUCCAUCAGCUUAUGAAUUUGAUACAAGUCCAGUUUUACAAGAUUGGGUUACAGCUACAGAUAUUAAAAUUGUUUUACUCUCAACAAAUAUAGAUAAAAAUUUUUAUUCUAUUGCUGAUUUUGCUGUUGGAGGUCGAUGUAAAUGUAAUGGACAUGGAUCAAAAUGUCUUACAAAUAGUGAUGGUCGUUUAAUAUGUGAUUGUAAACAUAAUACAGCAGGUGAUGAAUGUGAACGUUGCAAAGAUUUUCAUUAUGAUCGACCAUGGGCUCGUGCAACACCACGUGAUGCAAAUGAAUGUAUUGAAUGUAGUUGUAAUAAUCAUUCACGACAAUGUCGUUUCAAUAAAGAACUUUAUCUUCUGUCUGGUCGAAAAUCUGGUGGAAUAUGUAUCAAUUGCAAACAUAAUACAGCUGGCCGUCAUUGUGGUUAUUGCAAAGAAACAUUUUAUCGAGAUCCAAAUUUACCAAUAACACAUCCAGAUAUUUGCAGAGACUGUAAUUGUCAUCCUGUUGGUUCACGUGGUAAAGUAUGUAAUCAAACAACUGGGCAAUGCUCAUGUAAAGAUGGUGUUAUUGGUUUGAGAUGUGAUCGAUGUAUGAAAGGUUAUCAACAAACAAAAUCACCUGUUGCUCCAUGUAUUAAACCACUCGAUACUCAAUCAUUAUCAGUAUAUAAUGUCUAUCAUCGAAAUACUGAUACAGAUGAAUAUCAAGAACAAGAUAAUGAUGAUAAUGGCUAUGAUAAUCCAACUACGACAACAGCAAUGACAACCACCACUACCACUACUACUACUACUACAACUACAGAAGUAGUUCGUCCAGUUUUUACAGAAUAUAAUCCUUCAAUAGAUAUGGGACAGUAUUGUGGUGCUUGUCGUUAUUAUAGUCGUCGAUUACAUGUUAAAAAAUAUUGCAAACGAGAUUAUACUAUACAUGCACGUGUAACUAAUCGACAUGAUGCUGGUCAAUGGGUAUCAUAUCUAUUAACUAUUAUACGUGUUUAUAAAGAUCGUCUUAAUCGUAUUCAAGAAAGUGAACAAUGGAUAUGGGUAUCACGUAAAGAUGUUCAAUGUGCAUGUCCACGUUUAAAACUUGAUAAACAAUAUUUAUUAAUGGGUUUUUAUGAUCAAAUGCAAACAUCAUUAAGUCUUGAUCGUACAUCAGUUGCUAUUGAGUGGCGACCACGUAUGGAACAACGAAUGGAACGUUUUAGAAAAUUUGAAUUAAAACAAAAAUGUUAA